AUGGCUUCAGAAUUUGGCCGCGGCCGCUCUGCCUCUCGACAUGACUGUCUUCUGGCUUCAGGGACGGGGCGCAUCAUCGACAGGGCAGUGACAUUGCGACGCAACGGAAACAGAAGUCAGUUGGUGCGGCAGAGGCGAAAUGGGCUACAGCCAGAGGCUAUCCAGAUCAGUCGUUUGAGGGAGAGGGAAGAAAGGAAACGGUUGAAGAAGUUCAGGUCACCAAGGAAAGUCUUGCAUCAGUUGUGGGCCGCACCCCAAUCAGAUUCAGAAACAACAGCAGGCAGUAUUCGAAAGAGUGCAAAGCAGGCAAGAGUGAAGACUUCAACCCCCACAUUGUCCCUUGCAGCUAUGACAUACCACCAGCCAGCUGCACAAAAGACUCCUGUUUCCACUGGCUUUUUAGAGGACAGUGCUGGUGCGCGGAGUGAACAGGGAGGAAAAGAUACAUCAACGGAGGGGGGGGCUGAAGCAUGGAGGGUGCAGGAAGUGAAGGACGUGCCUGUUGCAGUGUUUGUUGACAAGGGACAGGACAAG